AUUCCACAAGCAUUGCAUUUUCACCUCUUAGCUGUGUAACCCAAAACCUAAGUUGCAUUGUGAUUGGACAAAAGCAAUGACUGUACAGCCCCUCCCUAGAACUUAUUUUUUUGUAUUGAAGUCUAAKUUUGACAAGACCAAGUUGAAGAAGACCGAGACACAAGAGAAAAACCCCUUGCCCACCAAAGAAACUAUCGAACAGGAGAAGCAAGCAACAGCAUGAAGCCCAAGCCUCUGCUAUGCACUGUACAUUCCACAAGCAUUGCAUUUUCACCUCUUGGCUGUGUAACCCAAAACCUAAGUUGCAUUGUGAUUGGACAAAAGCAAUGACUGUACAGCCCCUCCCUAGAACUUAUUUUUUUGUUUUUUU